GUCUGAUACCAAGGCUAAAAAAGAUAUUUCAUUCAGUAUGAAAUUGUCUGAUGCUACUGCUAACAAAGGAAAUGCAUUCAGUAUGAAACUAUCUGACGCCGACGACAGCGAUGAUAAUGCAUUCAGUAUGAAACUAUCUGACGCCGACGACAGCGAUGAUAAUGCAUUCAGUAUGAAACUAUCUGACGCCGACGACAGCGAUGAUAAUUCAUUUAGUAUGAAACUAUCUGACGCCGACGACAGCGAUGAUAAUUCAAUCAGCAUGAAACUGUCUGACGCCGACCAAAGCGGCGGGAAUUCAUUCAAUAUGAAACUGUCUGAUGCUAUGGCUAACAAAGAAAAUUCAUUUAGUAUGAAACUCUCUGACGCCGACGACAGCGAAGGGAAUUCAUUCAGUAUGAAAUUGUCUGAUACGAAGGCUAACAAAGAUAUCUCCUUCAGUUUGAAACUGUCUGAUGUUACGGCUAACAAAGGAAAUGCAUUCAGUAUGAAACUGUCUGACACCGACGACAGCGAUGGAAAUUCAUUCAAUAUGAAACUGUCCGACGCCGACGACAGCGAUGAGAAUUCAUUCAGUAUGAAACUGUCUGACGCCGACGACAGCCACGGUAAUUCAUUCAGUAUGAAACUGUCUGAUGCCAACGACAACGAUGGGAAUUCAUUCAGUAUGAAACUGUCUGAUACGAAGGCUGUCAAAGAUAUCUCAUUCAGCAUGAAACUGGCUGAUGCAACAGCCAGCAAAAAUGAUUCAUUCAGUAUGAAACUGUCUGACGUAGAGGUGAGCAAAGGAAAUUCAUUCAGUAUGAAACUGUCAGAUACCAGAAGUCGAACAGAGACUAUAUCUCAAAAUAAGAUGUCCAAUAACGAAGGUCAUGCCAACGGAUGUGAAUCCUGCGAUGACAAUUGGUUUCAGACAGCGAAUACUCUUCGAAAAAAUAUUGCUGAAGGAUUAGUAAUAUUCUUGAAAAAUUGGAAGGAAAGUAUCAAGAUUUUUUCGAAAGAAUAUAUGUCUGAAUUACAGUUCGCAAAGUUAUUUCCCCGAAUGGAAGUCGAAAUAUCACUUAAAGCAAUACACUCAACGGACAUAUUUCUAAAUCUGUUUUGGCCUUUUGUUUACAAAACUGGAUUCAUGAAUCAAAAACUCGGACUUUUCGGUUUAUUAACAAUAGAAGUACCAGAACAUGAACAGAAAACGGCUUUUUAUUCUGCAAUUGAGAAGUCUCUUCAGCUUGGAAUACCGUUCUCUGAACGUGAAGUUAUGUACAGCUUUGAUGAUGAUUCCAAGCUAAUCAUUAAUCUAAAAAGUUCAGGACUACUGAAAAAUAGUGAAGCGUUUAUGAACGCUAAACGACAUCUUUUCACUCAUGACGAACGUGCGGAAAUAACAAAGAAAAUGGACGUUGCAAUGAAAUAUCUGCAUGAUUCAACGCCUGAGUUACAUCGCACCAUUAUUCAGCUUGUAGCUUGUUUUGCAUUUUAUAAGUCAGAAGAACGCGUGCAUGUGGGUGGUACAUCAUGCUCUACACCUGGUGUCAUAUGGCUUGAUCCGAGUGGUCUACAGAAUGCCUCAGUUCAGUUCUUUGUUGAGCAGAUAGUGCAUGAAUACAUACAUAAUUCCUUAUGUUAUGCAGAGAUGGUACAUGGAAUUUUCUCUGAUCAUUCAAAUUUGCCAAAUGCCAAAUCGGUAUCAUCUAUUCGACGCGAGCUUCGGAACUACGACAAGAGCUUUCAUGCAGCAUACGUUUCAACAGGUCUUGUUGCGUUUCACGCAAGAGCUGGAAGCUUAAAGAGGGCUGAAGAAUUGGUUCCAGCACUCCGGAUUUCAGUUGAUGACCUCGUGAAAGUCAACAAACAAACGGAGAUACUGACCGAAUCUGGAGGAGCAAUGUUGCAAGCUAUGGUUGACUUCCUUAAAGUCAUUCGUCUUUAUUAAUGAUAUUUUCCCACUACGAUGGUUAUGAUAUUACUAAUGCAAUGAUAAUGAUUUUCGCGUUGUGAUGCUGGAUCGCUUAAUUUACAGUUUGGAAAUCAUUUUAAGUCUUCCGUAGCCUUUUUCUUCAACUUAAAGAACCCCAAGACAUUUAAGAUAUUCAUUAAAUGGUGCUGAGUCGUCAUUUUUGAUUACUAUAUUUAAUAAACUUAUUUAAAGCAAGGAAACGAAAAUAUAGCAGAAAUUCAGUCAGAUACAUUAAAGAUUUAACCUUGACGUUAGAGCCACUGAACCCAGAAUCAAUAGGACUCUUUCUUAAGUUGUACUCAAUCACUGUGUAAAGUAUGAGAACGGUAGCUGCUCUACUCAAUGACCUCAUUCAGACUCCGGGUCAGUGUGACCUAGGCCUUCGUUUUACCUAUUGAUCCCAAAAGGAAUAAGAAUCCUCCUUAGUCUUUCUGUAAAGUUGUAGCUAAUAUUCCAUUUUCCUAAGAGCCCUAAAAUGAUAAAAACACCA